UAUUAAUUUCUAUCAUAUCAAUAGGAAGGUUAUAUAAAAACUUAACCUCCUUAUUAAUUGCAGUCAUUUUUAAAUAUAGAUCUGACAAAGUUUUGAAAUUAGAAGUCUGUAUUUGGGAAGUCAGUUGAUUUAUGAAUCAAAAUUUUGUGUGCUGUUUUUAUUUUCUGAAAUUCCAAAAUGUUGCUUCUCGGUGACAUGUUUCCUAACUUCACUGCCAGCACAACAGAAGGCAAAAUUGAUUUCCACUCAUGGCUGGGAGAAUCAUGGGGAAUUCUCUUCUCACACCCCUCGGAUUUUACUCCUGUAUGCACCACAGAGUUGGCCAGGGUGAUGCAAUUGUUGCCAGAGUUCAAAAAGCGCAACAUUAAGGUUAUCGGCCUGUCGUGUGACUCAAUAUCAUCUCACCACGAGUGGUGUGAGGACAUUAAGUCCUAUGGAGGAUUCAGUAGUGAUGAAAAAUUUCCAUAUCCUAUAAUUGAAGAUGAGAAACGCAUAUUAGCUACAAAACUAGGUAUGAUUGAUAAAGAUGAGAUAAGUCCUUCGGGCAUUGCAUUGACAGCUCGAGCUGUGUUCGUGGUGGAUCCAAACAAGAAGUAUCGCUUAUCAAUCUUGUAUCCAGCAACAACUGGAAGGAACUUUGAUGAGAUUCUUCGUGUGGUAGACUCCCUCCAGUUGACAGACAAAGCUAAAGUUGCAACACCAGUUGAUUGGAAGAUGGGCGAUGAGUGUAUGGUGCUACCGACGGUUGGUGCUGCUGAGGCGGCGGCAGCUUUUCCGCAAAUGAAGGUGGUCCCCCUGCCCUCCAACCGCACCUACCUGCGCAAGACUCCCUGCCCACAGCCAUGAGACCACCGUAGGGCUCCUUUUCUUGUCAUGCGUGUUGUCGCCCGCGCGCGGACCUGGUCCCCAUGCGGGUGACAACACGCUCCUGGCCGCGCGCGUGUUUCCCGCGUGCGGCGUGACAAUGACAGGAUGCCCGCGGGCGGUAACACUCAUGAUAGGAAAAAGGCCUUACCAGCUGCCCAUAGCCAUAUUAUGAGACCCCCCGUGACCCCCUUACAAACAUAGUAAGCUGUUGACUGCAAUGCAGAUUGAAUAAAUUUCUAUACUUGUUAA